AUGUCUUCGCUCGAAGUGGAGGAUAAAGCCCUCCCUCACGAGUCCAGGGAGACCGUGGCCAGCAGAGACUCGGAUAGCGCAACCACUGUCUUGGGCGAUGAAUCCUCGACACCUACGCCCGACCCCAAUGCUAGCCGUGCCGACGGCUGGGCUCUCAUGCCCCAAGUGAAACAACAAAAUGAACGUCAGAUGCAAUCAGGGUUCAAGCGCCAGGAAUUGGGAGUCACAUGGCAGAAUCUGAAUGUGGAGGUCGUCAGUGCCGAAGCUGCAGUGCAGGAGAACUUCUUAUCGCAAUUCAAUGUGCCGCAGCUGAUGAAAGAGUCUCGCAACAAGCCGCCUCUUCGGACAAUCCUCCGCGACAGCCACGGCUGUGUCAAGCCAGGAGAGAUGCUCUUGGUUCUUGGCCGACCGGGAUCCGGUUGCACGACCUUGCUGAAGAUGCUCGCCAAUCAACGCCUCGGAUACAAGUCGGUUUCUGGAGACGUUAGGUACGGCUCAAUGACAGCGGAGGAAGCUGACCAAUACCGCGGCCAGAUUGUGAUGAACACUGAAGAAGAGCUGUUCUUCCCCAGUUUGACUGUGGGUGAGACCAUGGACUUUGCCACGCGGCUCAAGGUUCCGGCUCGUAUGCCCAAUGGGGUCGAGUCUCCAGAGGCCUACCGUGAAGAGACGAAGAAGUUCUUGCUCGAGUCUAUGGGCAUCUCACAUACUGUUGAUACAAAGGUCGGAAACGAGUAUGUCAGAGGUGUUUCUGGUGGUGAGCGCAAGCGUGUCUCCAUUAUCGAAUGUCUUGCCACCCGUGCAUCAGUCUUCUGCUGGGAUAACAGUACCCGAGGUCUUGACGCCAGUACUGCCCUCGAGUGGACCAGGGGUAUUCGUGCGUUGACUGAUGUUCUCGGAUUGAGUACUAUUGUCACUUUGUAUCAGGCAGGCAAUGGUAUAUACGACCUUUUCGACAAGGUCUUGGUUUUGGACGAGGGAAAGCAGAUCUACUACGGACCUAUGACCCAAGCCAGGCCCUACAUGGAGGCCCUCGGAUUCGUCUGCCGUGAGGGAUCCAAUGUUGCAGAUUUCUUGACCGGUGUUACUGUGCCCACGGAACGCAAGAUUCGGCCAGGUUUCGAGGCGCGCUUCCCCCGGAAUGCGGAUGCUAUGUUGGAAGAAUACAACAAGUCCGUGGUGAAAUCAAACAUGGUCAGAGAAUAUGAUUAUCCUGACUCUGAAACCGCGAAGCGCUGUACCGAAGAUUUCAAAGUUUCCGUCGCCGAGGAGAGGGCAAAGCAGCUCCCCAAGAAUAGCCCCUUCACGGUUGACUUUAUCCACCAAGUGAAGGCUUGUAUAAAUCGCCAGUAUCAGAUCCUCUGGGGAGAUAAAGCUACCUUUAUCAUCAAACAAGUUUCAACCCUCAUUCAGGCACUUAUCGCAGGAUCUCUCUUCUAUGAUGCCCCUAACAACUCUGCCGGACUCUUUGUCAAGUCUGGUGCCCUAUUCUUCGCACUUCUCUACAAUUCCCUUCUUGCAAUGGCUGAAGUCACCGAAUCAUUCCAAGGACGACCAGUCCUUAUCAAACACAAGUCAUUUGCAUACUUCCACCCCGCAGCAUUCUGCAUAGCACAAAUCGCGGCAGAUAUUCCCGUUCUUCUCUUCCAAGUCAGCAUCUUUUCAAUCGUCCUGUACUUCAUGGUCGGGCUUGAGAUGACCGCAGCGGCGUUCUUCACAUUUUGGAUUAUCGUGUUUGCUACUACAAUGGCCAUGACUGCUGUCUUUCGGGCGGUAGGAGCUGGUUUCAAGACUUUCGAUGAUGCGUCCAAGGUUUCCGGCUUCUUGAUUUCUGCCCUGAUUAUGUACACAGGUUACAUGAUCCGGAAGCCAGAGAUGCAUCCUUGGUUUGUCUGGAUCUAUUGGAUUGACCCUUUGGCGUAUGGUUUCGACGCCCUGCUCUCAAACGAAUUUCAUGGAAAGACUAUCCCAUGCGUACUUACAAACCUUGUCCCCAGUGGGCCGGGCUACGAGAAUGCCACCACCCAGUCCUGCACUGGUGUUGGGGGUGCCGUUCCCGGUAGGAACUAUGUUUUGGGUGAUGACUAUUUGAACUCGCUUUCAUAUGAUCAUUCUCACGUCUGGCGCAACUUUGGUAUCCUCUGGGCCUGGUGGGCUCUUUUCGUUGUUCUAACUAUCAUCGCAACGAGCCGAUGGAAGGGCGCUUCGGAGAAUGGGCCAUCGCUGCUGAUUCCUCGUGAGACCGUGGAAAAGCAGCGCCAAAACGUGCACCGUGAUGAGGAAUCCCAGCCAACCGAGAAGGGUACCAAGAAGCUACAAGAUGAAGGUUCGCAGGAUCAAAGCGAUAUUGACAACCAGCUGGUCCGCAACACAUCCGUCUUCACGUGGAAAGAUCUUUCUUACACUGUCAAGACCCCGUCUGGUGACCGUCAGCUCCUUGACCAUGUCUAUGGAUGGGUGAAGCCUGGCAUGCUUGGUGCUCUUAUGGGAUCAUCCGGUGCCGGGAAGACCACAUUGCUCGAUGUUCUCGCCCAGAGGAAGACAGCUGGUACUAUUCAAGGCCAGAUUCUUGUCGAUGGUCGACCAUUGCCCGUCUCCUUUCAACGAUCUGCUGGUUACUGUGAGCAGCUUGAUGUACAUGAACCCUAUGCAACCGUUAGAGAAAGCUUGGAGUUCUCUGCUUUGCUCCGACAGCCGCGCACCACACCCCGGGAGGAGAAGCUGAAGUAUGUCGACACCAUCAUUGACUUGUUGGAACUGCAUGAUAUUGCCGACACUCUUAUCGGUCGUGUGGGCGCUGGUUUGAGUGUUGAACAACGCAAGCGUGUCACAAUUGGUGUGGAACUUGUUUCCAAACCCAGCAUUCUCAUCUUCCUGGACGAACCGACCUCGGGUCUCGAUGGCCAAUCUGCCUAUAACACCGUACGCUUCCUUCGCAAGCUGGCUGAUGUUGGCCAGGCUGUGCUAGUCACGAUUCAUCAGCCAUCGGCCCAAUUGUUCGCAGAAUUCGAUAGCUUGCUGCUUUUGGCCAAGGGCGGAAAGAUGGUCUACUUUGGUGACAUUGGUGACAAUGGCUCUACUGUCAAGGAAUAUUUCGCUCGCCACGGAGCCCCUUGCCCUCCAAAUGCUAACCCUGCUGAACACAUGAUUGAUGUCGUCUCUGGCACUCUUUCGCAAGGCCGCGAUUGGAAUGAGAUUUGGAAGGCUUCCCCGGAGCACACGAAUGCGCAGCAGGAACUCGACCGGAUUGUUAGUGAUGCAGCUUCUAAGCCGCCUGGGACCGUUGAUGACGGCCACGAAUUCGCUAUGCCCCUCUGGGAGCAAACCCUGAUCGUCACUAAGCGCACAUGUGUCGCUGUCUAUCGAAACACUGACUACGUGAACAAUAAACUCGCACUACACAUUGGGUCUGCCAUCUUCAACGGUUUUUCAUUCUGGAAGAUGGGUGAAUCUAUUGGAGAACUUCAAUUGAAGCUCUUUGCUCUGUUCAACUUUAUCUUCGUUGCCCCUGGUGCCAUUGCUCAGCUUCAGCCCCUCUUCAUUGAACGCCGUGACAUCUACGAUGCUCGCGAAAAGAAAUCCCGCAUGUACUCAUGGGUUGCCUUCGUGACUGGCCUUAUUGUCUCUGAACUUCCCUACCUGGUCCUCUGUGCGGUGCUCUAUUUCGUUUGCUUCUACUACCAGACCGGAAUGCCCACAGAGUCCGACAAGGCCGGUGCUGUCUUCUUCGUCAUGCUCCUCUACGAGGGUCUCUAUACUGGAAUCGGCCAGUUCAUCUCCGCCUACGCCCCCAACGCCGUCUUCGCCACCCUCACCAACCCCCUUGUCAUCGGAACUCUUGUCUCAUUCUGUGGUGUCCUCGUCCCCUAUGCCCAGAUCCAGGAGUUCUGGCGCUACUGGAUCUACUGGAUGAACCCCUUCAACUACCUCAUGGGCUCCCUGCUCACCUUCACCGUCUUCGACGUCGACAUCAAAUGCCGCGAGCGUGAAUUCGCAACAUUCGACCCGCCAAAUGGAUCGACCUGCGCUGAUUACCUAUCCACCUUCAUGCAAGGCAUGGGCGCCCGCUCGAAUCUGAUCAAUCCCGAAGCCACCGAAGCCUGCCAGGUUUGCCAGUAUACCCGCGGAAGCGACUACCUGUACGGCCUGAACCUGUUGGAUUACUACUACGGGUGGCGCGAUGUCGGCAUCAUUGCCAUCUUCGUGUUCAGCAGUUAUGCUCUUGUCUAUGGGCUCAUGAAGCUGCGCACGAAGGCUUCCAAGAAGGCGGAGGAUUAG